AUGGCCACUCUGUCGCAUCACCAAAGACCCACGGUUAAACAGCCUGCCUCUCCUUCACAUACGCUCGAUCUGGAUACGAAUACUCCACGCUCCUCUAUCUCAAAUCCUUCGCCUCCUCUUCCAGAGACCACACCAUCACCACUGCCACCAGCAGACAUCAACUCUUCCGCUACCUCCGCUCCUACAGGCCCAAACGCAAACCCACCAGUUUACAUCCCGUACCACCCGCAACACAGCCAUCACCGCCAUACAGCCUCGUCAGUCUCGAGAUUGAACAACCGAUCUUCGUCAGGUCUCUUUGCUUUGGCCGCCUCUGCCUUUGAUCGCACACAAAACGCCAUCGCUGCCAUUUCAGAGCCAUCUAUUCGACCUCGUCAUUCCAGCGGUGCCCUUUCACGCCUCUCUUUGCUCACGAGCUCUUCGCCUUCAUCUGAGCCCUCAAGCCCUGACAAGUACCACCGUCUUCGAAGUUCUUCUAAUCAAUCGCUUUCGUCCGGUGCAUAUCUGGAAAACAAGAUUGCUUCCCAGACUCUUCCGGCGAAUAACCCGCCGUCCCAGCCUUACACGUCUACGGACCCGAACCUACCGCCUCCCAUCAAGUCCUCCACAGCAAACAAGAUGCAUCAAACAUCAUCGCGUUUGUUACGCAUGACGGAUGACGACCGUCCAUUCACAAAGGACUUCAAAGAUCUGUUCUCAACCCUUGUCGUCAGUCUACUACCGCUCUCGGCUCACCGAGUCCGAUUGACCAAGGUCGAGUACACCUUCUUGUCCGAAGAUGCCAUUAACAACCUGGGUUCUCUCAAGUUCUCCCAAUCCAACCGCAUGCCUGACCCCAAGGAUCCCUCUCGCAUUGUCACCACCACGACAACCACGACAUUCUCCAUGGCUAAGGACAUGGCCCGUUCUAUCUGUCAGCGUUUCCUAGAGGCCCGCUUUAUUGAAUCUGCAGAUGGCAAAUAUCAGCAGGUUUACACGAUGAAGGGCUCUGUUUGGCAAUUGACCCCAAAGGGAAUCACCGUUCUGGACAGAUUCUGCGCUAGGAACGGAAUUCAACAGAAACAAGUGUCAGAACUGGCCAACCUUGCCUCCACCCAGUUGGUGUUGCUCGAGCGAGACCCUCAGACCGAUAAGCUUCUCCAUGAUCAAGGAACAAUUGAAGUUAUUUUCCGCCGAUUUGCUGGUGCUGAAGGUCGCAACAUCAAGCCUACAGUCAACGCCGCCGAUUCCGAUUCGCUGCAUGAUUACCGAGAUGGUCUUACAGGUGUUAAGAUGGCCGCUGAACGGAAGGUCAAUGGAAAGACAUAUCGAGAUACCUUUACUGGUAAGGCCACGACCGACUGGCUAAUGGACUGCUCCACUAUCGUGGAUAAGCGCGAGACACUUGAGGUGGCUACGUUGUUCGUUGAGUUCGAGUUGAUGGAGCCUGUGGCUCAAGACCGGGCUUAUAUGGCCCAAAACCCCGGAUGCAACCUCUUCCAACCGACAAAAUAUGCCAUCUACCAGCUGUCGCAACGAGGCAAGGACCUUGUUAGUGGUGCUGCCUCUCGAGGUAGAGCUUCAGAGAGUGAAGGCGGUGCUGCAUCCCAGAGGAAUGGUAUCACCAGGGAUUCCAACACCCAGCGACUCGACAAGAUCCUCAACGACCCCGCUCUGCGUCUCCUCUUCCGAGAACAGCUUCGGGACACCCAUUGUGAAGAGAACUUGUCGUUCUACCAGGAUGUCGACGAGUUCGUGCGAAGCUGUAAGGCCGCUACACGGGCUGCGCAAAAGUCACCCAACACCAACGCUAUGGACGGGAUCAAGGAGAUUAUGGCUUCGGCAUAUGGUAUCUACAAUGCCUUCCUGGCUCCUGGAUCGCCUUGCGAAUUGAACAUUGAUCACCAACUGCGCAACAACUUGGCCACGCGAAUGACCAAGGCUGUCGGGCAGGAUGUGGCUAUGAUUGACACCCUGCAAGAGGUGACGUCGCUCUUCGAAGACGCUCAAAAUGCGGUCUUCAAGCUGAUGGCUAGUGAUUCGGUGCCAAAAUUCCUUCGCAGCCCCAAAUACGAGCAGCAACUGCGAAACUACGAGUUUGACGUUGUCAGCCGAGGACCCGAGCGAAGCCAAAGCAGGUCGAACCGAAAGUGA